GUUUAUUUAGGUUUUUAAAGUGACUGAUAAAGGGUGCACGUGCAUUUGUUUGUUUUUAAUGUUUGCAGCGUUUCAGUUUUUACGAAAUGGAUAAAAUUUUACUUCGCUCCAAAUUCCGUGGAAGCCUCCUGGGCGCUCUUAUUGGCGAUUGUUGUGGCGCUCCUUUUGAAGGACAGUUGAUGGACAGUGGCUCAAAAUUAGUAUUGCGGCAGAACUUGGAUAAACUGGAAGGUCCAUUUUUUAAAGCCCCAUAUAAAAAAUAUACCGAUGAUACGGCUAUGACAAAAUGUGUUUUAAACACAUUAUUGAGCCCAACUGGAUUUUCACAACAAUUGUUGGCCAAAAGUUUUGUCCUGGAAUAUUUCAAGGACCCAAGACGUGGCUACGGUGCUGCAGUAGGAGAUGUUUUUGAUAAACUUCGCAAGACAAAACUAGCAGACCCCGUAGGGCCGGCAGCUGCUCAAUUCGGAGGAAGUGGAUCAUUUGGCAAUGGCGCCGCAAUGCGUGUAGCCCCCAUUGCCCUUUACUGUGUAAAACGUGAAAAAUCCCAGUUACUACAAAUGGUACGCGAUGCUUCAUUAGUAACACAUAGUCACACUCUUGGUGUAAAUGGGGCAAUUCUUGAAGCGCUCGCGAUUACACAUUCACUAAGAAUGAAUCCAAAAGAAAAUUUGAACGCAAAAAAGUUCCUUGCCGAAUUGAAGGCGGACAUUAUUGAAGUAGAAAGUGCCAACGAUCCAGAUUUGGAUCUUAAUUUAAAUGCUUAUCAAAAACAGUUAGAUGCUGUUGAGCACUUAUUAGACGGAAAAAUUGAAACAAGUGACGAAAAUGUGUUAAACCUACUAGGGCAUAGCGUAGCAGCUCUACAUUCAGUCCCUACUGCAAUCUUCUGUUUUUUGAAAAGCACUAAUGGAACAGCUAGUCAUACUUCUUUCCGCGACACACUUGAAUACGCUAUUUCGCUAGGAGGAGAUACAGAUACUAUUGCAAGUAUGGCAUGUGCGAUUAGUGGUGCAUUUCUCGGACAGGAAGCAAUUUCGGAAAACCUUAUCAAACAUUGUGAAGACGCCGAUGGCAUACUGAGUAUGGCAGACCAAUUACUUGAAAUUAUCUAACACAAAUGAUUCGAUGUUAAAUGGCUAAAGAUAUGAGUAGUUGAAAAAAGGUAGUAUGAAGUUUA